CUUUCUUGAUGCGUAACUGUAACUGUUUUGAUGGAAUUGACCAAGACAGCGGCCAAAACACUCUUCAGUCGUUCAAUAACGAUUUUCUAACACGAACCCACGCUGGCCAAUCUUCAUUGUCAAGUCGUCCGAGUGCGAGUCAAUAUAUUAGAUUUGAUUUUUAAAAUUCGUUUUUGUCGUUGUUUAUGUAAAGACCAUGACAUAGUGUUUUAGUGCAUACAAAGUUUUAUUUUUCAUUAACAAUUAUUUUACGGAUUUGUUGUCGUCCAAGAAGCAUACAUAUAAUCUACAAUGACUAGUUUUUAUAAUUUGGUAAUUUUACUCUUUGUUCGGUUGGUGAUAGCCGCCGAAAAACGGAUUUCUGUUGACACUGUAGGCUCGGUUACUGCAACAGCUGGUUAUUCUAUAAGUGAUAGUGCUCAUCCACCGAUACCAUCAGCCUUGACAUCAGAGAUGAACUUUACUGGUCAUCAUCACAGUAUCACCAGCAAAGAAAUAAGCAAUUCUGCUGAAAUGUACACUUCAGAAGGCUUAGACCACCAAAAUCAACAAAGUUUAGCGUUGCGGUCUAGACAAGCCAGAGGAAAACAUAAUCAGCGAAGACCACAUGGUAGUGGCAGUGUAGAAGACAACAGUCAAGGAGAAAGUAGUUAUCCUCUGCAAGAUCAGCUGUACAACGUAAAGCCUUUAACUUUUGAUGUCCCACCAACAUCACAAUCGUCUAGCAUUAAACAUAUCAGUAAUAGCGAAGAAAAAAACUCAAUGCCAUCUAUAACAUACGGCAAAAAAAUGCAUAAAAACGAAGAUAGUAGUGAGCGACCAACGUACGGAAAUGGAGAUUGGUCAGAGGAAGUGCGGAUAAAAUUUGAUGGUGAUAAAUCUACGAAAUCUCGCAAAAAGAAUAGAUAUCAGAACGACAGUAGUCAAGAAAAAAGGAAACACAUACCGAAAAAAAUGUCAAAUGACAACGACGGCGAAAGCAGUAGUAGUAGUGAAGGAACUAUUAGUGCAACUGCUGAUAGUAAAGAUGGAUGGCAAGAAGUCAGUCCAAAUUUAGAAAUAGCUACAGGAUAUAGUACAUCUGUAAAUGACCAUGAUUCUUCACGCGAUUCUUCAAGUAGUUUAGAAUCUCACAAAAGCCAAAAUACUCCAUUUUAUCACUCUUCGGAAAGCAUUUCUAGCAUUGAAAAUACAGCGAUUGCUGAACCUCAAAACUUUAACCACAAACAAGUGUUGUCGAAAAUGAAUCAUUUCGACUUUAGUAAUGCAGUACCACAGAUUAAUAAGGCGUCCCGCGAGAAGAGGCUUAACUAUCAACCUAGCUUAUCAGCUCCAUUGCCGAGAUAUCCAUAUACUGGACAUCAAUCACCUUCGCCAACACCAUUGCAAGCCAUCAGUUCAUCAUCUGUUCCGCCAAUUAAGUCGGUGAAAGUUGAUCCUCCUAAUUAUCAUAGUAUAGUGGUUCCAAUACCGAUGACACAUAAUAUAUAUACUUCAUUAGCCGAUGCAUUACCCUAUAGUCUUUAUCACCAACAACUUCAGAUAGCUACAUCGCCAAAUUCAGUUCAUCAAAAUAUGAUGUCACUACCAGUCGUCCAUAACGUUUUCUUUAAGACUGACGAAAACGGUGGCGGUAAAACGAUGCCAGCCAUUGUCAUUCCACUAAAACCCGAAUACUUACAACACUUACAGCAACAACAGUACUCUUCUCUUGAAACUGACGUACAGCGUCCCCUUAUCAGUUCUAAAUUACCGUUUCAUAGUCCUCAACAGUUAACGUCUGGCAGCUUUGGAGGCAAUCACCAACACCAAACAUCAAGUCAUAAACCGAAGUCAUCCAAAGCAAAGAAACCAGUAUUCAUGAAAUCAGAAGACAGUCGAAUCAAACAACCAUUUACUUUACAGCAACAUUCCUAUUAUAAUCCUUAUGCGGCAGCUGCAGCAACUGCUGCUUCUACAAGCAAUCAAUAUUCACAUCAGCAACAACAACAAGGGCCUCCACAAUAUCAUGAAUCUUUGGAUGACAAUAGAUAUGCGCAGACAGUUGGCAUGCCAGUUCAGUCUACCAUUAAUCCAUUCACAAAUUCGUUAGCUUCCAAAAGACCACAAACUUACGGUUACGUGACACCAGGCGUUAACAAGUUUAGAGGCCCAUCAGCAGAAGAUACGGUACAACUACAAAUACAGCAACAACAACAGCAGUUGCAGCCACAAAUACCAUUCAAGUCAUCAUACAAUGGCAACUUUGCUUAUUUAACAGGAGGUGCAGAGGAAGACUAUCCUUACAGGCCUAUAUAUAAAGAAACUAAAAAACGUAACGAUAUAAUGUUUGUUUGACCGAUGGGUGCUUAAUAUAAUUGAGAGACUUAAAAGCCUUUAAAAAAAAUUUAAUAUUGUAAAACAAUUUUUUUUGUUAACAAUUUUUAAAUGAAAAUUUUGUUAAUUAAUUAAUUUAUAAAAAAUAGAUAAGUUUUAUCUUAA